GAGAAGAACUCCAUUCGGCUCAAGAAAAAGAGGAAGGGGCCCACCUGCUGGGCGCUUUCAAGGGGGGCCCCCAGGGCCAGGGGAGGCGGAAGCCGCCGAGAGCUGCCCGGGCCGCUGGCUCUGCGCCGCUGCAGGUAUGUUUUGGCUGGCAGCCACAAGCCCCGCAUGCAAUUGAAGGAAGCCACAGACGCCAGGAGGCCCCCCCCUCUUGGGCCCUUCAGAAGGAGCCCGACGGGGGCCUCGCGGCGUUCUCUAUGGGAGAUAUUCGGCUGGCCGAGAAGGCCCUGGAAAGUGGCAUUUCUUUGGAAAGUUAUUUGCGAUCUUUGAAGUCUGGAGAGUCUAAAGCAAUGCAAGAAGGUGCAGCAGCAAGCAGCAGCAGUCUGGGGGCCCCCCCCGGCGCUGCGGCGGCCCCCAGGCCCCUGGGGGGCUUCCCGCAGCAGCAGCAGCAGCAGCAGCAGCAGCUGCUGCAGCAGACACGCCAAACGGACCUCCAGAGCAUUUGGGGGCCCCAAGACUCCAUGGGGCCCCCACAGGCUGCAGUUGGCCUCGGGGGAGUUCCACUUGAACAUGAUGUGGGGGAAGAGUUCUCCUUUUUGGAAGACACGGAAUUCGCCCUCGGCUCCGAGACUUGGGGCAGGGGGCCCCCGGGGGGCCCCCAGGAGUCCGCGGAGGCGCGGUCGAAGGCCGCAGCGUGUGCUGCUGCUGCGCAUGCUGCUGCUGCUCAUGCUGCUGCUGCUGCGCCGUCGAACCCCGGAGCUGCUUCUGUUGCUGCUUGGUUUACUGCAAUGCUGGCGGGCCCUCAGGAAGGCUCUGAAGGAGCAGCAGACCGCCAGGGAUGCAUGCAGAAGGCCCACGCGGAGGACAGCUUUCCCGACCCCACACGCAGGCUGCAGCAGCUGCAGCAGCAGCAGCAGCAGCAGCAGCAGCAGCAGCUGCAGCAGCAGGCGCGGGAGGCUGCUGGGGGCUUCCUGCAGGACGCCCAAGGGCGCAGCGCGCAGCGCCAGGAGGGGCCCCGGGGGCCCCGGCAGCAGCAGCAGCAGCAGCAGCUGCAUGCGCAUGCAGCGUAUCUGAUGCAGCUGCAGCAGACUCCCCAGUUGCCGGAGCAGCAGCAGUUUCAGCUGCAGCAGCAACUCGCCCAGGAGCAGCAGCAGCAGCAGCAGCAGCAGCGGAAACGGCUGCAGCAGCAGCGCAUGCAGAUGAUGUACGAGCAGCAGCAGCGGCUGCAGCAGCAGCAGCUGCUGCUGAGGCAGCACAGAGGCCAGCCGCUAGACGCAGCCCAGGGCCGCGAGGCUGGCCGGCAGCUGCUGUCUCUCAUAGGUGUAGUGCCCCGCAGCAGCACAGAAGGGUCCGAGGGGCCCUCUGCUGCUGCUGCUGCUGCUGCUGCUGCUGCUGCUGCUGCUGCUUCGGGGGCCCCUUCGGCCAGGGGGGGGCCCCUGCAGGCGCCACGGGAGGAGCCCGUGGGGCUGAUGGCCCCCCGAGCUGCAGCAGACCUCGAGAGACAAUUCAUGCAGCGGCAGUGCCAGCAGCAGCAGCAGCAGCAGCAGCAGCAGCAGCAGCAGCGGCAGCCGCAGCUGCACCCCGCGCACUUCGCAGGGGCGCAGCACCCAAUGCUAGCAAUGCCAGUGGGCACUUUGCCGUGCCCGGUGAAUCCGCACAUGGCUGUGCAGGGGGGCCCCCCGGGGGGCCCCCAGGGGCCCCUGGCGGGGGGCCCCCAGGGGCCCCUCCAGGGGGCCCUCCAGGGGCCCCUCCAGGGGGCCCCUGGCUGUCACCUAGACUAUCCCUCCACCCCCCACAGCCCCCCCCUUUCUAGGGGAGGCAGUGGAGAGAAGAAUUUGCUCAAGUUGCUGCACGGGGGGGGCAGGCCAGUGGGUACAGCCCCGCUGCAUGCAGCCCCCGUGGGGGGCCCCCCCCUGGGGGGCCCCUCGGGGGCCCCCCCCCUAGGGGGCCCCUCGGGGGGCCCCCCCCUAGGGGUUCCCUCGGGGGGGCCCCCCCUAGGGGGCCCCUCGGGGGGCCCCCUGGGGGCCCCGCUGGGGGUGCCCGUGGGGGGCCCCCUGGGGCCCCACCCCCUGGGGGCUCCUGUGGGGGGGCCCCCCCUGGGGGCCCCCGCGGGGGGCCCCCUCGGGGGCCUUUUAGGGGAGCCAUCGGCGAGGCCGUGGAAUGCGGGGCAGUGA